AUGCCACAGUCAGCCCGGACCUCUCACGGUCAGCAAUCAGCACGGAGAGGCGCCAAAAGGGUAAGAACGAAUGGAACAAGGAGGCAGCAUGGUGAAUGCUGACCUCUCUUUGCUUGUCGGUGUGCAGUCGGCUCCGCGAGCACAGAGUGCACCGGGCAGCCCUCCCGGUGAGGCGGGGCUGAGUGAGUCGCAGGGGCUGUCGACCAAUCGGUCCAAGAAGGCACAGCUGGCACUCUCACUCAACCCGGCAUCGCUUAAUCAGUUCAAUGCCGUCCUCGAGAGGACUGUCCAGCAAUAUGGCGGGGUAAGUGGGGGGUGGACAAGGGGCGGAACAUGCAAAUGAUCUGUGUGUGGAUGUCCGUUGACGGUCGUGUUCUUUCGUGCAGAAUGAGAUGGCGGCGGUGGAUGACGUGCGUACGAUCCUGGCGACGAUGCGGAAGCAGUUCGACGAGAUUCACCUCAUGUGCCAAAACAGAGAGGCAGAGUUCCUCACACUCAGAGUCAGCCAGCGAGACACACACCGCCGCGACCACAACGCAAUCAAUUCAAUCAUCGUCUGUAUGAGUGCAAGUAUGUCGUGUCUCCUUUGCUGCCGCCGAUGUGUGCUGCUGGCUGGCAGGAGGGCGUCCGGCAGGCGGAGACGGCCAACCUCACCAAACAGACGAGCUUGCAGAAAGUCGAGGAGGUACCGCAUAAAGCAAUUGGCUGCUGCCGUCGUUCUCUUCUGCCGUUCCACGUGGGUGUUGUUAUGUGUGGUUAGCGUCAUGGUGCGCUGGAUGACGAGAUGACCCAAGUGCAGAUGGCGACUGACGAGGCCGUCAUGAACAAGAAAGUCUAUACACACAUACUCGAACGCACUAAGGUCACCAUGACGAGGAAGAGACCACACAACCCUCGAACUUCCUGCACACACUCGCAAUCCCUUCUGUGUUUCUUUCUUUGUGUGUGUGUGCUCAGAAGGAGAUCGACAUUUUGCGUCAGCGUCAGAUGAAGUUGGAGGCCCUGCUGGGGAGAAAGAAUGGCCAAGUCAGGGACCAAGUGCGGUCGCUGCAGUAAGCGAAGCGCGGCAACACACCGGCGCACCGCACCCCACACGCACUUUGUCUCAUAUCGCUUGAUCAGGAAGCAGCAGCAGCUGAAGGAGAAGAGCUCACAGGAGCUGCUGCAGCUGGAUUUCGUAAUAUAUGGAGGCAUGGCAAUAAGUGCAUGAGUGCAUCGACCGAGCCUCCGUUGGUCGUCUCUCUCUUCAGGAGAUCGGUGCCGAGCGCAAUUUGCGUGACCAGUCGCUAUCGAGCAUCCAGGAGGCCAUACAGGGCAAGAAGGACUCUAUCAGAAGACGGUCAGUGCCGCACACACACCCACGCAUAUGCGGCCGGCUGGCAUGAGCCCCCUACAUACGUAUGUCUUCAUGCAGUCGUGACUUCGACAAGUGGCGCCACCAGAUCGCUCUGCAGGCGGCCACUGAGGCCUUCAACGCCUCGGCGGGCAAAUUGCGGAAGCUGUACGCCUUCGAGAAGCUCAUGGGCAACGCCCUGCAGCGAAUCAUAUACGCGCAGGUAUGCGUGUUUUCGUGCCGGAGUGUGUGUGUGUGUCUCGCUCCGACCUGACUUGGCGUGCAGGUGGAGCGCUCGCAGGCCACCGAGGAGGGCUUCCAAAAGAUACGCGAAGUCACGGUGGGUGGGCAAAAUAACAGUGGCCGUUGGAUGCAAGUGUGCUGUGGGUGCAUUGGUGUGUGUGUUUGCUCAGGGUUUGACUGAUGUCGACGCCAUAGUUCAGAAGUUUCUGAAUCGUGACGUGGAGGAGCAGCACCUGAGGGAGUCGGUGCGGGAGGCGGAGGCCAAACUAGAGGUAUGUGCGCAGGCCCGUCAAAUGUGACAAUGAGCUACAUGUGUCUCCUCGCGUGCGUGACUCGUCUUGCAGAUGAUGAAAGGUCGAUUUGCUGAGGUCAAGGCUCGCACGGACGGCAUGACAUUCGACACCGACGGCAGCAAGACACGGGAGUUGUACGUGGUCAGUUGGGGGGUAUGAGAGCCGAAACGGACAAAGGGUCAGCCAUUGGUAUGAUUGUGCAUCUGUGGUGGCAGGAGGUGGAGGAGUGCGACAAUGAGCUCAAGAAAGCCCUCAAACACCACACGCAAAAGUACGGGUGCAGACAGGAAGACAAAUAGGGCACUUUAUUACUCUCUUGUGUCUGUUUGUGCAGCCGUGACAAGCUGCAGCGUACGACAGUUCAGCUGGACCAGACUCGCAGGUGGAUACUUCGAAUCAACCGAUUCCUGCACGCCAUUGGGCUAGAGGUACUGUGUCCUGCCGACAAACGCAUGCCAAUGUCGUCCGGGCCCCGCUUGAUGUUUCCUGUCGAUGCAUUCAUUAUAACAGGAGCCGCAGACGAUCGAUUCCUUCGAGAAGGUCCCGUCCUACCUUGAGAGCCUCGAGGCACCGCUGCAGCAGCUCAACGCCAUGGCGAAGAAACACGUAAGCGUCGCUCGUGGCUGGAGCAGCAUUGUUCUACCAUCCUUUCUCCGUGCGAUUCCACAGGCCGCCGAGGGCAGGACCAUCAAAUCUCUGCCCGUGAGACGGCCGUCUUGAGUGCGCUUCCGUCUGUUUGGCAUCUGUUGUCUUGUGUGUAUUCUUGUGUGUCUCAAUCAGUCUGGGAUAUUGGCAGAGGAGACCAAGUUCCUAAAAGACCCUAGCUUUGUGCGGUCCGUCUGCCGCGUCCCGUCGGCAUCAGCGCGGACCUCUAUCAUGGGUGACCAUCACACACGAGACACUUAUGCAUCUUCUCAUGCAUCUCGUUCUAUGCAGCUCAAGCGGCAGGUGCGACAGACGAGGAAGCCAUUAUGGCAGAGCGAGAGCAGAAGAAACUCGACUCAUCUCAAAAGGUAUGUACGGGAGAGAAGAGCACGGACAGGCUGCGUCUUUUUGACGUGUAUGUGUGUGCAGAUCAAUGAGGUGUUGCGCAAGACUCAAGGGAAGAAGGGCGACAGAAAGGGUGGACGACAGAGCCCCACCGCAGCUGGAGGAACAGUCAAGCCACCAUCACCGAAGGUACGGUCGAUACCGACGAAUGCAUCCCCGACUAUGUGCUUUGUCCGGCAUGGCGCGUCUCCAUGCAGU